GGUGUCCAUUUCUCAACUUGCGAGGUCAACUGAACCAACGAUGCCCAACACGGACAUUGACCUUCCCCCGUGCAUCUACUCCUCCACCAAGCCCUACAAUGGCUUCACGACGCUUCUGCAUCGGUUUGGCCGGUACGAGCGCAUCCGGUCCAUGUCAUCGCUAGCUCCACGGACGGUGGAACCCGUGUCUUUUGCAGAGCCUUCACAAAAGAGCUUGGAGAGGAAUGCGGCUAUGGAAGCGUUUUCAAUGCAGAUGGCUAGACCUGAGAUGGAGGAUCAGCGGGUUGCGUUGACGCCCAAACAGGAAAUUAAACUCGAACUGGCGAGACUCAAGGCUGCUGUUGAGAAAUUGAAGAGUGGGGAAAUACAGCAAGUUCAGGAUACUCAACAACCACAACCACAACCGCAAUCCCAACAAGAACAAUCACAACAGCUACCAACUCUUCCCCCCAAACCCCCAAAACCAACUCCCCUCCCCCGCCUUAACCAAAAACCCUCCAUGGCAAACCUGUUCAACUUUAAAAAGGACCGAUAGAGCGCGUUACUUUAUAUUAUUGCUAAUGUAGUUUGUCUGCUAUUUACUUUUGCGUAAUGAUGAGUUGUGUUGUAUAAUGUGCAAUAAUGAGCCUAGAUUGGAGUGGAAGGGAAAAUGUAAAAUAGUUUAUCAUAAUUUCAAGUAUGUGUAGGAGGUCUCGAUAA